AUGUUCACAAAACCACUAUACAUCCUCAUCGCCUUACUCAGUGCACUAGCCACCGCGCAAGAGAUACCGGCUGGUGUUUCUAGUAGCCUUGGUGCUAUCAAUCCUACAGUCUACUCUUCGGCUGCGUCGGUUCUGUCUGCGUCUUCGGCAUCUGUUGCUUCGGCUGAGGCGACUAGUACGGGCGGUGCAAAUGCUCAUGAGGUAAAAUAUGCUGCGCUGUUUGGUGUUGGUGGUGUGGCUUUGAACGCGUUCAUGUAG